AGGAAAAGGGGAGAUGGACGGGAAGGGACAGGAAGAGCUCCUGCUGGACAGCUUGGAAGUUCCUUUGGGCCGCUAGGUGGAAAAAUGUUAACCAGUGAAAGAGCCCAUUUUUGGUCAGGAGGUGCUCCACGAAGUAGGUCUGCAGGAAAUUUGAUUGACAUGGAAGCCCCAAAACCCUCCAAAAAGUGCAAUAUCGCAGAAUGUCCAGACCCAAGCUUGCUUCUCAGCUGGCCAGAUGCUUUCACACUUCAUGGCAAUAAUGUUUCCAAAGCUACAAAUCCAUUCUGGAAUGAACUGUCUGCCUCUAACCCAUUUUUGGAUGAUAUAACUCAGCUAAGAAAUAACCAGAAGAAAGGUAAAGUUUCCAUCUUGAAGGAAGAUCCUUUUCUUUUUUUUAGAGAAAUAGAAUCUGGAAAUUCUGUAGAUUCCUCUGGCAAUGAACUUGAUGUGCACCGAUUGCUUAGGCAGUCUUCCUCGAGGAAGUCAGCGAGAUCUAAAAGUGUUUCAGAACUUUUGGACAUUUUAGAUGACACAGUGCACUCCCGUCGGAAUAUACAGAACUCUGACCAGAUCCUAGAACAAGAUUUGGAAUGGCUUCAGAAUGAUCGAGAGGCUUAUAAAAUGGCUUGGUUAAGUCAACGCCAGCUGGCCCGCUCCUGCCUGGAUUUGAACACAAUCAGUCAGAGCCCCGGAUGGGCACAAACGCAAGUGGCAGAGACUGUCAUCGUUUGUCAAUUAAACCACCAGGGAGGGUCAGUACAGUUACCUGAAUCAGAUAUCACUGUUCACGUGCCCCACGGUCAUGUAGCUGUGGGAGAAUUCCAGGAAGUAUCCCUAAGGGUUUUUCUUGAUCCUCCACAAAUGCUUAAUCAUGAUCACUCAUGCACUGUAAGCCCACUGUUGGAAAUCAUGUUAGGCAACCUUAACACAAUGGAAGCCAUUUUGCUGGAGAUGAAAAUCGGCGCUGAAGUGAGAAAGGAUCCUUUCAGCCAAGUCAUGACAGAAAUGGUGUGUUUACACAGCCUGAGUAAAGAAGGCCCUUUCAAAGUGCUGAACAGCUGCUACAUUUAUAAAGACACCAUCCAAGUCAAGCUAAUAGAUUUGAGUCAGGUGAUGUAUCUGGUGGUUGCUGCACAAGCUAAAGCUACUCAGUCACCAGCUGUCACCAUUUGGGAUUAUAUCCACAAAACCACCUCGGUUGGAAUUUAUGGGCCCAAACAUAUCCAUCCCCGUUUCACUACUGUUUUCACAGUUUGCGGACACAGUUAUUUGCCAGGAAAGCUGACAAUCUCUGAUAUUAGGAAGGGUAGAAAAAACACAUCUCCAGUUGUGUUUCAGCUCUGGGGGAAGCAUUCAUUCUUACUUGACAAGCCACAAGAUUUAAAUAUUUCUGUUUUUUCAUGUGAUCCUGAUUUUGAAGUAAAGGCAGGUGGAGAAAAAGGAAUUAAACAAAAGCAGUUGCAAGCAAGUCAAGUAGUUCAUCACCAAUUUUUAUUUUCUUUGGUUGACUCCAGGGAAAUGCACUUGUUUGUUUUCCGUGUUCAGCUGGAGCCUGCCGAUGGCAGGCCGGUUGCACAGUUCUGUGUCACUACGCCUGACCCAGCUCCAAACCUAAAGAGACGCUCAAAUCUGCCAGGUGGUUUGCAGAAGGGGAAGGAAAUCAGGUCUGCUCCUUCAUUACCAACACUGCAUGUUAAAUAUCCCACCUUUCAAGACAAAAAGUUGAACUUUACCAAUUAUGGAGUAACUCUGAAGACGGUGCUAAGAAAAAAGAAGAUUGACUAUUUACUUGAAUAUUUCAAAGGAGACACAAUAGCUCUCCUUGGAGAAGGCAAGGUCAAAGCCAUUGGACAGUCCAAAGUGAAAGAAUGGUAUGUGGCAGUCUUGAGAGGUAAGAUUGGACUUGUACAUUGCAGAAAUGUCAAGGUGAUUGCAAAGGAACAAGUAAUGCCAGUGACAGAUAGUGUCUUCACUACAAAGAGCCUCCUUGAACAAAUUGUCCUGCCCUUUAAGAAACUGACUUAUAUCUACUCAGUUGUAUUGACCUUGGUGUCAGAAAAAGUUAAUGAUUGGAAAGCUUUAGCUGAUGUCCUGGGUUACUCACAUAUGGCACUGGAAGAUUUUGAUCGAACACAAGCAGACAAAGAAUCAGAAAAAGUGUCUUACAUUUUAAAGAAGUUGAAGGAAGAUUGCCAUGCAGACAGGAAUGCCAGAAGGUUUCUUUAUGAGCUUGUUGUGGCUCUGCUGAAGAUGGAUCGCCAGGGGUUGGUGGCUCACAUCAUCCAAGAGGCCACUAUCCUGACUUCAGCUGUCAAGCUGGGCAAGGGCUGGAGGGAACUAGCUCCAAAAUUAGCACGACUCACAAAGAAACAAAUGGAAGCAUAUGAAGUUCCUCACCGAGGAAAAGCUGGGCAUGUCGCUGUUGAGAUGAUGUGGAAGCCGGCCUACGAUUUUCUCUACGCUUGGGGAGCUCACUGCGGAAUCAGCUGCAGGGACGUGUUACAAGACCUUCAGUCGGCGUUGGACAGAAUGAAAAACCCUGUGACCAAACAAUGGCGAGACUUAACCGGAGCUUUAAUACUAGUGCAUUCUUUAGAGCUUUUAAGAGCAACUGCAUUCUCCACUUCUGAGGAAGUAUAGAAAUGAAGGAUGCAAACGUCAGGCCGCUUUGUUGUUGAGGAAGGAAAGAAAAACCUUCUCUCCCUUUCAAAGCUACUUUUAACUUAAGCAAAAACAAAGGGCCGUUAGCAUAAUUACAUCAUGCAGAUACCCAGAUAAACUAGAAGCUGGCGACGUGAACAAUGAAGUUUUACCAGGAGGCAGGCAGGGACAGAGGAGAAGCCAACGCAAGCUUUGUGGACCAACCGGCACCAGUCUGCAGGGCUCCUGCCUCUCCUCUCUUCUCUCUCUGUGGCGAGUGCGGCCAUUAUUCCCAUUUUCCGUGUGAAGAAACUAAGAAUUGGAGAUGAUGCUCAGGGUUAUAAUAGCUAGUGUGAAGUAGGUUUUUUCUCUGCAAAACCUGGUUCUAUUUUUUUUAAAAUCCAGAGUGCAUAGUAAAAUAGUAAAAAAAAAUAAAAAAUGCAUAUUAAAACUUAACUGAAACUCACUGCUCUUGUCCACCAUCUCUUGAAAGACAGCCAGAUGGAAUAUGUGACUUAUCGGAAAUCUGUUGCUUCAAAUAUGAACUGGAGUUUUCACCACCCUCCUCUGGCAUCUCAGGGCCUAGCUAACCCUGGGACUUUCUUCAGGAUUAUAAUGUAGAAUAUAGUUCGUCAACUCUCAGGGAUUUUUAGUACUAAGGGUGAUAUAAAAAAAUAAAUUUGACUUAUCACUCUUGAAUACCAUAGUCUUAACCAGCAAAAACACUGAUAUCUGUAUAUGUGGAUGUGCACAUGCUCACGUGAAUGUGGGUGUGCACCAGCGCGUUUCAUAAUGGUUUUGGAAGGCAAAGAUAAAAUAGGAAUUUGGGCCAGGAUACAGAGUAUCUCCUGGCAGAGAGUUCACAAAGAUAUGGUUUGUGCUUAUGCAUAUGUCAGUCCUCUGGCUACCUGCCAGCAUUCAUGUGCUUUGGCCAAUCAUUCAUUUAUUGUCAUUCAAUCGAUGGAGGGAAUGAGUGUUCCUACUUGUGGCAGGCACGUAGAUGCUUAGGUCAGUGACGGGAAAAUAAAACCAGCACCAUCCUCGACUUCAGUAUUGCUGAGUGAUGGAUACGGAUAAUAAUGAACACUUAUACAGUUCAAUGUAAAUGGCAUCUGUAAUAACAGCUACAGUGGAGAGGCUGGGAUGCCAAGAGGUGUAAGAUGGGGCCACGUCCUGAAUUGGAGGGAUCAUGUAAGUUUUCCCUGGGAAAGAAAUGAUGAGCCUGAAAGAGGAGGAUCAGGCUUUGCUUCCAGUCUGGGGAUGGAGGGAGCUGGAGCUCCUCAGUGCACUGAAGCCCGCAGGCAGGAGGGGAGCUCCGGCAGGCAGGGGCUGGGUGGGGCAAAGGGUGAAACAGAGAAAGAAGGAAGGACACACCUUCAGAGGUUUUGAGCACAAGCCAAGUAAGGAUUUUGUUUUGGGAUCCUGAAUAAAACAUGCCCAUUUGGCUGAAAAGUGAAAAGCAGAAUCAUUUUAGAGCUUUUAAUACAUCCACCCUAGGGUAUUUGGUAUGAUGGCAAAAGAAACCUGAAUUAGGGUUUAAGAACUAUCUUUGUGGCUUUCAAUAUUUAUAUGUGAUGAUAAGAGAACAAAGCCUUCCCAAGGAGUUAUAGACAUGCAUUCAAGGACGGAAUUCAUUUUAGUUUAAAAUAAAUUCUAGGAGAGGAAAAUAAAAAAUGACUUGAAGUUCAGGGCACCAGUAUUUUAGUAGUAUUUUGUUUUCUUUAGAACAUUCUUGGAAUCUUAUUAAGAUGUCAGCAAACCAGAGAACAUGGGGAAGGAACAGUAAGGAAUUAAUAACUGGGUUUCCCCAGGCUCUGAGAUCUGAGAAGACAGAGAUCUCGUUAGCUGAUUAGGAUAGUAAGAUUAAACAAAUCACUUCAGAUGUACAUUGUAUCCUAUGUUGUGAAUGUGGCUGGGAAGUUUAAAAAGAGUUUAAAAAUGAAAAAUGUGAUCUUUGCAAUGUAAGAAAGAAGCAAUGGUUUAUAUGUUAAUAUACACAAAGAUAUUUUAUAAUCUUGUAAUAAAUCAUUUCAGACAAAUUUUAAACCCAUGACCGAACAUACUCUUCUUAUAUAUUCUACUAUUUUAUAAAUCAUUUCUAGUUUUCUGAGUUUUAUAGUUUUUUUUCCAUAAUGGAUUUUCACAAUCAGGGAAGAUUAACUCAGUAAUCAUGAAUUGCCUUUCAUUUUUGGCAGCAAAUCAAGGGAAUUAAUAAGGCACUUAAAUCCCAUCCUUGACAUCAUUAAAAACAUCAAAAAUGAUUAAUCUAAAACGUCUUUAAGCAUUUUGGAAGUGAAAAAGCAUAGAGAGUUCUCUCAUUUCCUCAGGCUUUGUUUGUAAUGAUGCCUUGGGAUGAGAUUUCAGUUCAGUGUUCAGCUUGCAGCGUGCCAGCUUUCCCGAGUGAGCCUCACCCCUCUACCUCCUCCUGUUCAGGUCUUAGUAGGAAGGCCAGUGAAGGAGGUGCGUGCAGUAGUGGGUAUCAGUAAUGGAUGCAGCACAUCGCAUGUCCGGCAAUGCAGAAAAUAGUACAGGAAGUUUUGAACUUGGGGACGACUAGUUUUUUGGAAGGAGCAGAAUGCACUACAUUAAUGGAUGGUGUUGGUCUAAGAAAUAUCGUGGCUAGUAAACAGCUUUGAAUAUGUGAUAUGCAAGUACAAGAGAGAAAAUAUGCUGGAAAUCAUACAAUACUAUAACUAGAAAUUCCAAAAGUUGAGUUUUCAUACUGUGCUACUGUAACUUAUACUUUCUGUAAUUUUUGUAACGCCUAAGGAAUAUUUGAAACGAUUCAAAAGAAAAAGAGAAUAAUGAAAAAUUAUGCUGUUGGAGGCUUUUCUAAUUAAAAUAGAUCUUUUUUCUUCUUAUACAUAGAAACUCUUCCCUGUUCUUCUCUAUGAAGUGUCUCCUCCAUGUGUUGCUAUAUAGCUGAGUGAGCGACGAUCCAGGAGUCAUAUGUUGCCAUUACACUAGGUGGGGUUAAUCUGAAGACAUUUUUAAGAAUAAAAUAGUCACCUGGAGAGUUUGCUGGAACUCAGACUGCUGGGACCCACCCCAGAAUUUCUGACUCAGCGGGUCUCAAGCGGUGCCUGAGCAUUUGCAUUUCUGACAAGUCCCCAGGUGGUGCAGAUGCUGCUGGUCCAGGGACCCCAACUUGAGAAGCACUGCAUUAAUUUCCUUCAUUCCUAUGGAAACAGAAGAAUCUCUGAUAAACUACAAAAACUAACUUUUAGAUACAUAAAAUUCUGUCAUUUCAUUAGAGAAAUAAUUUUUAAAUUGUAAAAGAAAACAAACAAACCCAAAUCACAUUUAUUUAUAUAAAGGGAACUUUUUCAAAAUGAAGUAAGACCCUGAAAAAUAGUAAUUUUGAUUAUAAAACUAGUUAAAAUAACUAGGAUCUGCCUCUCUUUCCAAAUGUAAUGAUGUUUGAAUGAAAAUAGAUUA